AUGGCAGAUUAUGGCUCUUUACAAUCUCCUAAGAAAAAUUGUAGACAGGGCAGUUCCUCAUUUUUUAUUUCUCCUAGGUUGUUCAAUGGUUUUGUCUCAAAGGGGAUAUUUGCUGAUUCUGAAUCUAUGCUUAGUCCAAAUUCAAUUCUUGAUAACAAACCAUUUCUUGCUGGGAAAAAUCCUUCUGGGUCUAAUUUGAACACUCCCAAAACUGCUAAAAUUGAAAAUAGGGGCCAUAAUUGGGAGAAAUUGGAUUCAAGAGGGGUUGGUCUUGGCCUAAUUGAUGCUCUCAAUGAUGAGAAAUCGGAUUCGAAUUUAUCGAACCACGAAAGCAGAAUGGUUCUUUUUGGUUCACAGUUGAAGAUUCAAGUCCCUCCCCUGCCUCCCUCUGUUUUUUCCCCAGUUGAUUCGCCAAGAUCCCCAGGUGAUUUUGGCAUCAAGACUAGGAAUUCUCAAGUAGGUUCGUUUUCAUCUGGCUUAUCACCAUCUCCUGUGAAGAAAUCCCCAUUUGGUUCUUUGAAUUCUGGUGUUUUUAGUAGCCUUUCUGCUAGUGAAAUUGAACUUUCGGAGGACUAUACAUGUGUGAUAUCUUACGGCCCUAACCCGAGGACUACUCAUAUUUUCGACGAUUGCAUUGUUGAGAGCUGCUGUGGAAUCGUAAAGUUCUCCGAAUCGAGAAAAGAAACUGGAUUUUUCUCAAAUCGAUCAAUGAGUUAUCCCUUUGAGAAUUUCCUCAGCUUUUGCUACAGUUGCAAGAUGAAUCUUGGACAAGGGGAAGACAUUUACAUGUACAGAGGCGAGAAAGCAUUUUGCAGCAUUGAAUGCCGUUACAAGGAGAUGAUGCUGGAGGAGGGAAUGGAACCUUCAGAAUCUGACGAUGUUUAUGAUAAUCCUUCAUAA